CGCCCGCGGAAAUUCAAACUCUCGAGCGGUGUUGACAGGCAGAGACGUUUGAAAACUGCACAAACGUUCACACGGUUAUUUUACUAAGUUUUCUGUCUUUCAGGUGAAAAGAUUUAUGAAAAGAUGGAAAAUCAGAAGAGACCGAGAGAUCCACUGGAGGAAAACGCCUCAGCUUCUACUGAACUGGAAAAUGUGUUAAAGAAAAGGCGGUUAGCAACAGGAGAAGAGAACCUGGACCCUACAAAAUCCCCCGCCAGGACCCGCUUGAGAUUGGCAGAGCUGGAAGUGAAACCGGACACACCAGCCAUAGUCUCCAUAAGGUCCAGGGUCCAACAGCUUAGCCAGAGACGAGAUAGUGACAAUUCAGGUGGAACUGGUCUGAUCCAGCGCUGCUUGUCUGACCCUGGAUCUGAGGCCUCCACUCGCUCUAUAGCCACAGAUAUCUGUCAUAUCGGUGAGGGAGAGUUUAGCUCCCGCCAACAGCGCUUUAAACCUCCAACACCCCUGAACAGUCCAAGUCGCUCCACUCCGAGCGGGCGCAAUCUUUCUAGAUUUGUGCAUGGCAUCCAAGAGCGGCUUAACACCGCAGUUACACCCAGCAGUAAAGAGGCCUCCCGUAUCCGCCAGGCUCGCGUGGAUGAGUUACGUACCUUAAAGGUUCAGCCCGUGUCAGAGAACAUGUGGUUGAAGAGAAGUCUGUCUGAUUCAUCUCUCACUGAGGAAGAGCUCAAGGAAUCAGAAUUCAGCUCCUGUGAGGUUGACCGUCAGGUGUUGGAGGGAAGUCUGAACACAACGGCACCAUGUACUGAGGAGAUUCCCCACUUUGAACUAAGUUCAUCUGCAGAUCCUUCAACAAUGAGCACUUCUGCUCUGAUUGACAAGAUGUUUGAGGAUGUCUUGCAACAUGCAGAUGAAGAAGAUGAAAAGAAUGAAGAGGAAGAAGAUGAAAAGAAGGAAGAGGAAGAAUAUGAAAAAAAUGAAGAGGAAGAAGAGAAGAAUAAUAGAAAUUCAUCAGGAUCUGAGAGGGAAGAUGAAGACACAGUCGAAUUAAGUCCGUCCUCUGAAGACCAUAGUGAGAUAUGUGAGGAGAUUGAAGAAACUCCUGAUGGCAGUUCUACGAUGGUUGAAGAGAAGCCCCAGCCUGGUGAUGGUGGUGAUGGAGAGAUGGAGCAGAACAUAGAGAUGGUUGAAGUGAAGCUCCAGCCUGGUAAUGGAAAGAUGGAGCAGAACAUACAGAGCACCUCCAUGAGUGCGGAAGACGACUUUCUGACCCUGCCGCCCAGCUGUAUCCUCUCCCCUUUGAGCAAAUCUGUGGAGGCUGUUGUCACACCAAUGAAGAUUGAAAUCCCCGCGAAUGAGCCUUCAGUCCCACCGGUCUCGCCUGAUGAAGACGCUUUCCACACAACUGACCCGGUUCCACCUCUGUACAGCAUUGACGCCUACCGCUUACAGAGAAAGAUCCACCCUCCCUCAAACAUGACCACUGGGGUUCAGAAGCAGGUUCAUGAGAAAAUAAGCCCAAAGGAGUCCAUCAACAUCAAAGAAAGAAUUAAGGCUUUAAAUGAGGAGGCAGCCAAGUUGCAUACGGUCAUCACGCAGACGCUUCAGGCUCUAGGCUGUUGCAGUGAUGAGGAACAUGGGAAGGGUUCGCUGCAGGAGGCCGAGGCUGAGAAACUUCUUCUCGUUUCUUGUGAGAAGCGGGCAGCUUUACUGGCGGAGGUCAGCAGGUUGAGAGAGGGUGGGUCUGGAGAGCCAGGCUCCCAUAAAGCGCCUCUCCAGCCCUGCAGGGGCACCGUUAGCAUCAGCAGCAUUCAGCUGCCUCUCAAAGUGGAGUUUGUGUGCUCUGGUCGUUCAGGUCGCCCAACACACUACUUCUUUGUUCUGAUUCGUUAUGGAGCAUGUAACAUCGUGGCCACACCAUUGGCAACAGCCGCAGAUGCCCAGAACGGAGAUACCAUCACCUUUCCCACCUCUAUCACACUACAAGACAUUCGUUCCAAUUUUGAGAUUGAUGUCGAGGUGUACAGUUUGUCUAAUACUCAGAGUAAUACCUGCAGCAUUAACACUCAACAGUUUCGCAGCUCAACAAAGUCAAGGGUCACACCCAAGAAGAUACUCCACAGCAUCACAAAAUCCAGCCAGAGUGUAACACCUACUACUUUACCUGGCCUGAGCCUCCAACGCUCCAGUAACUUUAAAUUAGUGGGCUCUCACAAAGUCACACUAAAUUCACUGGGACAGAGCAAGUUUCCUCUGGAUAAGAUGAAAUUUGAAGGCAAAAUCAGACGACUCCUUGGCGAUGAGUUUCAGGAAAAGGUUCCCUUUCUUUCUCCUUUGGAGGGACACAUCUAUCUGAGGCUGCACAGUGAAGGCCACUCCAACGUCCAGCACCAGGGUUUUUUGACCAUGUUUGAGGAUGUAAGUGGUUUCGGAGCCUGGCAAAGGUUGUACUUUUGUCUUGAGGGAGGACACUUGCUGUACUGGAACCAUCCUAAUGAGAUGGGGGACAAGCCAUCAGAUGGCAGUAUCUCUCUCUUUGGCUUCAACAGUGUCAGGCCCGUGGAGAGGGAAUGUUGUGCACGGCCACACACAUUUGAAUUGGUUGAAACAAUUGCUGAGGAGCAGCAGGAGAACCAGACCUUAAAGAAAUGCUGGUUUUCAGCAGACACGCGAGAAGAAAGGGCAGACUGGAUGGAGAAGCUGAGUCAAACCAUACUGGACUUUCAAACCUGGAACAGGAAACCUGUUUCUAAUGACAACCGGGCCAGCACGUCCUGCAACAGCGGGACCUCUCGUGAGAGCAUACUGUAAAACCACACAAACCUAAAUGCCUUACAAUUACUAACACUAAGAAAGUAGAUCAGAAUAGAUCAUACGUGGCACUUUCUAAUAUGAAGAUCUUACGAGAAUAAACUGAGGAGUUAAUGCUCUUUUAUUCUCUAUUAAGCUUGUUGUUUUAAUAAUGCAUCAUAAUCUGCUUUAUUAAGAUGAUUUGGUAAAUAUACAGUAUAUGCAUUUUCUACUAUAGUGCUGCUCCUAGUAAUGCACUGUCAUUGGUUUUAGCUACAAUCCUAAUCAAACAUACCAGAACAAGAUGGAUAAGGAUGAAUUCAGAUAAAUGGGACACUUUUUGACGUAUUUUCAAUGCCUGGAAGUCUCCAUAUUAACCUUGAAAAUUACAGGCAGAUAUGCUUGAUUUGGGUUAAUGCUAAACUCUGCAGGACAGUGGCUUUCUAGAUGAAUGAUUGAACGUCCUUGUAUUACUUUAUUAGACACUAGAUUAGAUUUUUGGUUUGAUAUUACUUAUCAUUUCAUAUCUACAUGCAAAAUACUAAAUAGUAAACCAGUUUUUACAUUACAACUAUUAAUGACACUUUAAUGAUGCGUUAAGGUAAGAUGUUGAAAGAUAAGCCAUGUAGGCUGACUAGAUUUGCAUGUUUACGAAGUUAUUCUGUUAAGGGGCUGUUUUGAAUGUUCAUUUAUUCGCCUUUUUCAGACAUUUAUUAUUUCACUGUGAUUACGUGAAGGUAUUGCAUUUAAUGCAAUAAUUUUGAAACGAGGAUUUGUUUAAACUUAUUCUCGUGUGUAAGGGUUAAAUGAAUAGUUUACUUCAUGAUUAGAAAAGCACUACUAGGCUAAAAUGUGUUAUUUUUAUUACUUUUCAUUUACUUUGGGAACACUUUAUACUGCAGACUUUAUCUAGAAGGGAAAAUCGUUUUAAUUUGUAUAUACAGUGAAAUAUGUCAUAUAUAGUAUUGCUUAGUCAUUUUGGGAGAAGGAUUUCAUAUCUCUCCAUGAGUAUUGAUAAUUAUAUACUUUAAGCAGAAAGGAUUUUGGGAGUACCUAGCCAUGCAUUAUAUUUGCGGAGUACACUUUCAUUGGGAGGCAGUUUUGACCAACAGUGAUAAUGUGUUUUACUGUUGGUUCAAACUCGGAUAUGAUUGUAAUCUGGGGUUCUUGGAUGAGAAUCUGGAAUGUGCCAAAAAACACUACAGAGCUUUAUAGCUUUAAUUUCCAUAUACUGUAGUAGUUAACCGUGCAUAUCAUUUAUUUUUCUGUCUGUGUAUUGGAGAGGGAUGCAUGAUCGUGCAACCUAUUGGAGAAGCUUUAUUGGAGGCUUCAUUAGAUUAUAUUUGUUUUUCUUCAUACUUCAUAAGUGUGUCCCAUCUCUCCAGACACUUUGUUAUGUGCUGUGUUUGUCCCAUAUAUGUGUUUUUCCCAAGGCUCUCAUAUUCUAUUGCUGUGUUAAACUCCUGGUAAAGGUACUAUAAAAUAAAUAUGGCUAUUAAG